UACCGUGCGCCCCAUCGCUCCACCUCGGCACCAGCGUGGGGCGCCAUGGCGGCAGCGCGCCCGUCGUGUCGCGUGCGAGCGGCGGUGGGCGUGAAGGUGCCCUCUGUUGCGCUGCUCUUUGAUCGCCCACCCUCCCCAGCAACUCUCCUGGGAGCUCGUGCCAUCUGCCGCCGACCCCCUCGCUGCCACAGCCAGCCCCUUCGCGUCCAUCUGACGCUGCUGGCGCCACCCGCGGGCUGUGCUUCGCGCGCAUCCAGCCGCCCCGCCCCGCUCCUCCCCAGUGGGUUGCUCUGCGCAGUGCACACAGACUCGGUGGAAUACUACUCGGUGCACCGCGUGCAGGCUGACGGCCGCUGCAUGUUCCGCGCCCUGACGAGAUGCGGCUGGCGGUGGCGGAUGUGCUGUGCGGCAGUGAGAAGCGCCCCGCUGCUUAUGAGGAGGCACUCAUCGCCAUUACCGUGGAGGAGAGCCUCUCGCGGAUGCGUUUCAAGCAGCAGGCGUGACGCUCAUCAUCAUGUGAGCUGGGCCGGGCUUGUGAGUUGCCACGGCUUCAUGUCUCUUCUGUGUGCAGGCGCAGCAGUUUGUUUGAUAAAACCAACUUCCCAGGAGAGGGACCGCCAGCGCGCGUCAUACGAGGCGCUGCAGUUCGUGUCGGGCCUCUCCCACCGUCAGUCCCCUCCCCUCUCCACCGUCCUCUCUCCCACCGCAGCGCUGAGUGUGGCGAGGGCGCGCAUGGAGGGCUUUCAGCAGGACUGGGGGCUGUCGCUGCACGCUGACACUUUGCUCAGGGCGGCGUGGCAGGGGGGCAUCAUCCUGGCGGGACCGGGCAUUGACAACCUGCUCUUCCUGCACAAGGUUAAGGCAGGUGAUGAGCCGGAUGUGCGCGACAUCAUUGCUGCCGCCAGCCUACCCCUUCCGUGA